AUGGAUGCGCAGGGUUUAAAUGAAGCGAGCGCAGCCCCGGACUUUGCAGUUGGAGACGCGCGAAACAAACUAGAAGCCCUGACAAAGCGUGCUGCGGCAAAGGAUGCAAUCAAGGACUACAACGCAGCUGCGGAGCUCUACUCGGAAGCUACCGAGAUCCAAGCGAAGCUGAACGGAGAACUAUCGCUUGAAAACGCUGAUCUAUUGUUCACCUACGGGAAGGCUUUAUACAAUGUCGCUAUAAGCAAGAGCGAUGUUCUUGGUUCAAAGGUUGCAGGAAAGGCGCAGAGCCAGACCGCAGCGAACGACCAAACUGCUUCUGCCAAUUCUGUUUCAGUUGCUAGCAAUCUCAUACAAGAUGCCGUUUCUUCAGGUACUGCACAAACAGAGGCCAUUGCGCAGGAAACGGAACUCAAAGACUCCCAGAAUAAGCCGUAUUUCCAGUUCACUGGUGACGAGAAUUUCGAUACCGAUUCAGAUGCCGAUGAUGAAGAAGGCGCGAUUGGAAGAGAUGAUGACGACCCCGACGACCAUGAUGAUGACGACUUUGCCAACGCUUUUGAAGUUCUCGAUUUAGCCCGAAUUCUCUACCAUAAGAAAUUGGGCGCCUUUGAGCAAGAAUCUGAAAAGGGCAAAUCCACGGAAGCCGUACCUGAGCUCAAGAAAAUCAAGGAGCACCUAGCCGAUACAUACGAUCUCCAAGCCGAAAUCUCACUAGAAGGCGAACGAUUUACCGAUGCAGUGACAGAUCUAAGGAAGGCACUCGAACUCAGACAAUCUCUUUUCCCAAUGGAAGACCCGUCAAUUGCAGAAUGUCACUACAAACUCUCUCUGGCUAUGGAGUUUGGGGCUGUCAAGCAUGAUGACUUAGAAGGCGAAGCCAACUCCACUAAGGUAGACGAGGAAAUGAGGAAGGAGGCAGUAGUCCAAAUGGAAAAGGCAAUUGAGAGUUGCCGAGUCAGAAUAUCUCAAGAACAGAAGAAAUUGGUAAACUAUGAUUCUCUAGAUGAAGACAGGCGGACAGCCUCGAAACGGAGAAUGGCCAAUGUGAAGGAGAUCAUAUCAGAUAUGGAGCAGAGAUUGCUCGAUCUACGACGUCCACCGGUAUCAGUUGAGAAAGGGUUUGACGAUCAGAACCAAAAUAUGAUCAAGGGAAUACUGGGGCAAAUCAUGGGGGAGUCCAACGCCGACAAGCUGACCCUGCUCGAUGCCGCUACAAGAAACGCCACGGAUCUUUCUGCUUUUGUAAAACGAAAGCCAACUGACAGCAAGACAUCCCAGCAGGCCAACAUUACUCCGAAGCGUUCGGUUGAAAAGGAGAUAGAUGGUGGUAAUCCAAAGAAGGCUCGGAUGGGUGAUGUUGAUGAAAAUCCUACAUAA